AUGUCACAAGUAUGUUUCGCCGCUGAGUUAAAAAGAAAGAACUUUGCGAUCGAAGCUACCCACAAGAAGAAAAGAAAGCUGGCUCUCGACGAGGUCGCCCCAGAACAAGACUCGGAAGUCUUUUGGCAGUCACAGAGGGUUGAAGCUCUAGAAGGGAAGCGCGAACCAACUUGUGAACCGGUAAUCUUGGUCUGUCUCGACGAAUCCCGCCCAGAACGAUGCGUCGAGAUCGGAGCGAACCUCUGCGAACCAUUGAGAACAGAGUUCAUAGCUUGUCUUAAAAAGAACCUCAAUACGUUCGCUUGGGCCGCAGAGGAUAUGCCAGGGAUCGACAUCGGCAGAACAUGUCACGAACUCAACAUUGACCCGACCUACAAACCCGUAAAACAAAAAAGGCGGAAGCUAGGACCGGAGCGUGCUACCGCGGUAAACGAGGAAGUUGAGAAACUCCUCAAAUUAGGUGAUUGUAGAAAUUCCAUUUUCCCUAAGGUUGGGAUCCCCGCAUUCAUCACUGAUCGCGGAACGUAUUGCUACAAGGUAAUGCCUUUCGGUCUCAAGAAUGCGGGCGCUACUUACCAGCGACAGGUCAAUCGAAUGUUCUUCAAACAGCUCAGAAAGAGUAUGGAAGUAUACAUCGAUGACAUGCUCGUAAAAUCCCUUGACGAACACGACCACGUAUCCCACUUGGAAGAGUGCUUCACAAGGCUGAACCUAGAUAACAUGAAACUAAACCCCACAAAAUGUAGGUUCACAGUCUCAUCAGGGGAGUUUCUCGGUUAUCUGGUCACAUGUCGCGGGAUCGAGGCCAACCCUAAAAAGAUAAACACACUGAUAAAAAUGGUCUCACCAAAGACAAAACGAGAAGUCCAAAGGCUAACCGGAAGGGUCGCAGCUUUGAACCGUUUCAUCUCACGUUCGACGGACAAGUGCCUACCUUUCUACGAUACGUUGAAAGGGAACAAGAAGUUCGAAUGGUCGGAAGAGUGCAAAAAGGCUAUCCAACAGCUGAAGCAUUACCUGGCCACUCCUCCUGUUCUUGCAAAACCAGUAGAGGGAGAACCUCUAUUCUUAUACAUCGCGGUCUCCGCAACAGCAGUAAGCGGCGUUUUGAGCAGUGAAGAACGCAGUGAACAAAAACCAAUCUUUUACAUAAGUAAAACCUUGCUGGACGCUGAGACGCGGUACCCCUUGAUGGAAAAACUAGCAUUCGCUGUUGUAACAUCGGCGAGAAAGCUCAGGCCAUAUUUCCAAUCUCAUACCAUAUUGAUCCUCACCGCCUUUCCCCUGCGCACGAUUCUGCACAGUCUGAGUCAGUCAGGACGGCUCGCAAAACGGGCAAUCAAACUGAGCGAGUACGAUGUCGAGUACCGCCCAAGAACCUACGCAAAAUCUCACGUGCUGGCGGAUUUCUUAGUAGAAUUGCCCACGGGGGAUAUGACAAACAUGGAACCAGAUUCAACUUGGGUUCUUCACGUCGAUGGAUCAUCGUCCAAACAAGGAUCCGGAAUUGGGAUUCGGCUCACGUCGCCCACCGGAGAAAUCUUGGAGCAGUCAUUUCGGUUAGAAUUCCAUGCAUCAAACAACGAGGCUGAAUAUGAAGCACUCAUUGCAGGAUUACGACUAACCCAUGGGCUGAAGAUUUGCAUCAUCCACGCUUACUGCGAUUCUCAGUUAGUCGCAAAUCAAUACAGCGGAGAAUACGAGGCAAAGGACGAAAGAAUGGACGCAUAUCUAAAACUCGUCCAGGACCUGGCCCAAGACUUUGACCACUUUGCCCUCACCAGAAUUCCUUGCUCGGAAAACACCCAGGCAGAUUCCUUGGCCGCGCUCGCGACAAGCUCAGAUCCAGGACUAAAACGGGUAAUCCCCAUGGAAUUCUUUGAAGAUCCGAGCAUCGGACCGCCGGUGAUCGCCAAUCUCAUUAGGGGACAAAUCGAAGAUGCAGAGGAAAUCGAAGAUCCACCAGAAGGAAACAUGGAUCAGUCGGAAUACGGUUGCGACAGCCCAUGGCUAGAGCCGAUCCGAGCAUACAUAGUCGACGGAAUGCUGCCCGCCGAGAAAUGGGCGGCACGAUAUGUAACGGUUGAGGGAGAAAUCUACAAAUGGAGAUUCUCCGGCCCACUCAUGACCUGCGCUGCGGGAGAGAAAGCGAGAAAAGUGAUGGAAGAGGUCCAUUCCGGAUCGUGCGGAAACCACUCCGGUGGAAGGUCACUCGCAGUCAAAAUAAAACGCCACAGUUAUUACUGGCCAACUAUGAUAAAAGACUGCGAGAAAUUCACACGAAAAUGCGAAAAAUGCCAAAGGCACGCGCCCACCAUCCAUCGACUUGCGGAGGUCCUCUCGUCCAUCUCAUCUCCAUAUCCCUUUAUGCGAUGGUCCAUGGAUAUCGUCGGACCUUUACACAAUUCAAAACAGAAACGCUUCCUUUUGGUCCUUACGGAUUUCGUUUCAAAGUCAGAAUCCUACGCAAAUAUCAAAGACGUACAAGUCGAGAGCUUCGUAUGGAAGAACAUUAUCACCAGGCACGGGGGCCCUUACGAAAUCGUAACAGACAACGGAUCUCAGUUCAUCUCUAACCGAUUUGAAGCGUUCUUCGAGAAGUGGAAGAUACGGCUGAACAAGUCAACUCCUAGAUAUUCACAAUUUAACGGCCAGGCAGAGACCAUUAACAAAACCGUCCUUGAUAGGUUAAAAAAGCGCUUAGAAGCCAAAAAGGGACGAUGCGCAGAUGAGCUCGAAGGAGUUCUUUGGUCACAUCGUACAACCCCAAGACGGGCUACGGGAGAAACCCCCUUCGCCAUCGUUUACGGGACGGAAUGCAUGAUCCCAGCGGAAGUAGAAUUUCCCGGAGUGCGGAGAAGAUUCCUCCCUGAACGAGAAGAUCUCAACAACGCGAUGCUGCUGGACUAA